UAUAUAUAUAAAUGAGGACAGAAGCCUGCUUUCUUCUUAGAUCCUACAGAGCUUCUUCAGACAGACUUGGAACUGAUGUGUUUUUGUAGCCACAGAGGAAUGAUUGCCAAGCUGCUCACCCAGGGGCUUCUGGCCUUUGAAGAGGUGGCCGUGUGUUUUACUGAGGAGGAAUGGGUGCUGCUGGAUCUGGGCCAGCGAGCCCUGUACCAGGAGGUCAUGGCGGAAAAUUACAGGAUCGUGGCCUCUCUGGUCCAGGAGCUGCAGCCGGGAGGAGUCAAUGCAGAGGGCCGGGAGGCAGGAGCAGCUCACAGACCUGAGCAGAAAAUGGAGCGAGAGGGGAAAAGCCACCCCAUUUCCCUGCUCCCCACUGAGAGGGGGCUAACGCCAGGGGCGGCUUGGCCAAAGGGGGCGCAGGGUCCGUUCACUGGGCCCAAGCAGGAGAGCCGGUGUUUCCUCCACUCCUUCAGGAUGGCAUUUUCUCCACCCUCCUUGGAAUUCAGCAUGAGGGAGUUCCAGAGAUUUUGGAAAGCCGUUGCUGGGGGAGAGGACGCCCUGCAGACCUGGAUCCACUUUGGUGGGGAGACUGCCCCCAGCUUUGCCAACGCUGUGAAGGUGAAGGAAGAGCUUGUGCCCGAGGAGGAGAGCCCAUGCAUGGAGACCCCGGGCAGGCUGGAAGAAAAAGUAAGGAGACCUCUGGCAGAUAUUAACUCCUCCACACCGAUGCAGGAAUCAUUGGGCAGAGUGAAGAUUCAACACUGGAUGGAGACCACACAAGAAGGUGACUUCUUGGGAAAGACAUAUCAGGGCCCAAGUUUAGGGACAGGAAGCUCAGCACUGGAAUUGGAGGAUGGUUUUUGGCUAGAAAGGCCCAAGGAGAUAAACCCCCAUGGGAUGCUAUUAGAAAGAGCCCGAGGGAAACUCAUCCAAGGCCCUGAUGUUGAGGAGAGUCUUGAAAUUAAGCAGGAGACGGACAGCUUGCCGGAGAGUAAGUCUGACUUAGCCUUGUUUUGUGAAGAGGUGUCUAUGAACGGACCUGUCAAGGCCUUCCAUGGAAGAGAUGUCAGUUCUGAGCUCUCUAUUGCUGAUUGUUCUAAGAAUCAGAAAGCCCCAGUGGAAGGUGAACAGACCUAUAAAUGCUGCUAUUGUGGGAGGUGUUUUGCUGAGAGCUUAGACUUGGUUGCCCACGAGAGAGCCCACAUAGGAGAGAAGAUAUAUAGGUGCUCCCACUGCGAGAAACAUUUCGCUCACCGAAUUGACCUUCUGACCCACAAGAGAAAUCACCAAGGGGAGAAGCCACACCAGUGCAAACUGGACUGUGCCAAAUGCCACAGGCAGAGGACUUUUCCAAGGAUACCACACAGAGCCCCAUCCGGGGAGCAGGCGUGCCAGUGCCCGGUUUGCGGGGAACAUUUCAGCUGGAAAUCAAACCUUAUCAGGCACCGGAGAAUCCAUACAGGAGAGAAACCCUAUCGGUGCGCCGAGUGCGGGAAAAGCUACACGCGAAAAACAGCCCUUGAUAGACAUAAAAGGACCCACGUGGGGGAGAAGCCCUGUGAGAUCAGCGCGCCGAGCAUGGGGCAAGCCUCAGUGUUGGUCCUCCUUGUAUGAAUCACAUGAGGUUGGCAAGACAUGUAUUGUGCUUUGUUAAACAUGGAAGGAACCUCAUCUGAAGCUGAAUAAAGUCUGGGUUCAGCAGUUA